GAAAAAAAAACAAAACUCCCCGGAUACUGACUAGGCUGAGACCGGCUCGGAACUUUCUAGAAAAGUCGCGGCUUGCCUUUUGCCUUCUGUGUGAGAGGAAGCGGCAGGCUCCUUGCUCGGCUCCCUCAAGCGCUAGACCUCGUGUGGUAUUUUUUUUUUUAAUUUCUCGGCCGGCGGCGCGAGCGUAUGGUAUCAGCUGAACCAUGGUGAAGGAGACCACAUAUUAUGAUGUGCUUGGGGUAAAGCCCAAUGCCUCCCAAGAGGAGCUGAAGAAAGCUUAUAGGAAAUUGGCACUGAAAUAUCAUCCUGAUAAGAACCCCAAUGAGGGCGAGAAGUUCAAACAGAUUUCCCAAGCCUAUGAAGUACUUUCUGAUCCUAAGAAAAGAGAUUUGUAUGAUAAAGGUGGUGAACAAGCUAUAAAAGAGGGUGGUACUGGAAGCAGCUUUGGGUCACCCAUGGAUAUAUUUGAUAUGUUCUUUGGAGGUGGUGGAAGAAUGCAAAGAGAAAGGAGAGGUAAAAAUGUUGUCCAUCAGUUGUCAGUUACUCUAGAAGACUUGUACAAUGGAGCAACGCGAAAACUGGCUCUACAGAAGAAUGUCAUUUGUGACAAAUGUGAAGGCCGAGGGGGCAAGAAAGGUGCUGUGGAAUGCUGCCUUAAUUGCCGAGGAACAGGCAUGCAAAUUAGAAUUCAUCAGAUAGGACCUGGAAUGGUUCAGCAGAUCCAGUCUGUCUGUAUGGAAUGUCAGGGCCACGGGGAGCGCAUUAGUCCCAAGGACAGGUGUAAAAGCUGCACUGGAAGGAAGAUUGUUAGAGAGAAGAAAAUCCUGGAAGUUCAUAUUGAUAAAGGAAUGAAAGAUGGUCAGAAGAUAACUUUUCAUGGUGAAGGCGACCAAGAACCAGGAUUGGAGCCAGGAGAUAUUAUCAUUGUCCUGGAUCAAAAAGACCAUACUCUGUUUACAAGACGAGGUGAAGACUUGGUCAUGAGCAUGGAUAUCCAACUAGUUGAGGCACUGUGUGGUUUUCAGAAGCCAAUUACAAUGCUGGAUAAUCGAACCAUAAUCAUUACUUCUCAUCCCGGUCAUAUUGUUAAACAUGGAGAUAUUAAGUGUGUACUGAAUGAAGGAAUGCCCAUCUAUCGCAGGCCAUAUGAAAAAGGCCGUCUGAUCAUUGAGUUCAAGGUGAUCUUUCCAGAAGGCGGCUUCCUUUCCUCAGAUAAGCUGUGUCUAUUAGAAAAGCUGCUACCUCCAAGGCAAGAAGUGGAAGAAACUGAAGAUGCGGAUCAGGUAGAGUUGGUGGACUUUGACCCAUCUCAGGAAAGAAGACAACAUUACAAUGGGGAAGCCUAUGAAGAUGAUGAGCAUCACCCUAGAGGUGGUGUCCAGUGCCAGACCUCUUAAAAUGGCCUCAUGAUUCCCCUUGUGCUGCUUACCCUGUAUGUCAGUUGUGGAUGAGUGAAGGACUAAGGUUGCUAAACUUUCUCUCAAACUUGCCAUCAUCCCUGUAAUAUUUAAAACAUAGUUGUUUUUAAAUCAAGUUAACAAAUUUAAAUCAGUAAAAUGCUACACUUCAAUCAAGUUGGAAUGAUGUUCAUAUUUCCGUAUGACCUCUUAAGGAAACUAGAAGCCACUUUGCUGUGGCUUUUUUUAUUUUGUGCAUUGUAAGUGUCUUGUGUGCAAACGCACUGGCUUAGUAUUCAGUGAUUUCUGUUUAGUAUUAUAAAUUAUAUUCCCUUUAAAGUAAUGCACAUGUAUUUAUGAUUCAUGUUUAAAAUGUGAAAUUAAAGUUUUGUAUUCAUCUGCUCCUAGAAUAAGUUGGUGUGUGUUGGGUGUAUUGUGGCUGGUUGAGACUUCACAAGACACUGUCCUGUGCUGGAAAGUAAAAGCGCCCCCCCUCCACCCCCAGCUUUAGCUAGAAUGCUGUGCAAACAUGCUCUGUUAAUGUUAUACAGGAUCUUAACACGGCUAAUGGGUGAAAGGUGUUGAAAAUUCAGCCUGCCUAGUUCUUAUGUAUGAUGAAGAUCAGAAUGUUCAGGCUGUGAACAGGAAAUACUUGGCACCUUGAACAAUGGCAACCAUGCAACUGAAAGCAGCAUGAUUAUUCUUGGACUAAAGGCAGAAAAAUAUAUAGUAUCUACAACUUUAAAUAGGAAAGGUGGACCAUUUGAACUUAUUAAUAUUUAUCUUUAAGUGAGCCUAUUAACAAUAUUCAAGUUCUUAGACUGCAUGAGUACUUCUAGAAAAUCCCUAACUCUGACACUGAACUAGUGUCAAAAUAAUUCCAAUAGUUUUGUGUGAAGUUUCUUAUAAGGGCUACCUCUACAAUUAGCCAUUUCAACAUGUUAACUGGUUUUAUAACUAAAUGGGAUAUAGCUUACUAAAAUGGCUUGAUAUUCCAGUUCAUAGCUGGGCCUUGAUAACUAAGCCAGCGGCUUAAUAGAUUCAAGUGCCUCUUGAGACUCAGCUGUACCUAAGCUGACACUUGAUAUUUUUUAUUUUUAUUUUUAAAGAAUUCCAUUGCAAACAUCCCUAUUAUAAGAAUGAGCCCGGCACAUAGCGCAUCAUGCUGUACAUACAGAGCAAGUGAGCUAACGAUAGCAGUCUAGUUUUUCACAUCCAUGACCUUAUAUUUGAGGUUUUGAUCUAUGACUUCUUUCUAGUCUCUAGUCUGGGGUUUGAUUAAGCUGUAUAGCAAAUUAUCAUGGUCCCUGUGAUAAGGAUGAGUUAGUUUAACUGAGUAUGUGACUUCUUAAAAAUGCUUGCAUAUUGUACUUUAAACAUGAGUUUCAACCUAUAGGGGGAAUAAAUACUGUCCUUACUUCUAA